AUGAGAUUGACCACUUUUGUUGCUGCUCUCGCCUCACUGGCUACCAUUCACGGCGCCUCUGGCGAGAACUGGGCCAACACGAUUUGGGAUGAAAUCAAAGAGACAAUCACCUGUGCUGGUUGCGAGGGACUCUUGGGAACUCUCAAGCUGGUCGCUGGUCUCGGUCCGAAUGUCUUGAUCAAUGUCCUGACCGAUGUGUGCAAGCUGGCCAAGGUGGAGGACCCCGACGUCUGUGCUGGUAUCAUCAGAGCCGAAGGGCCCGCCGCAUAUUACGUCCUUAAGCAGCUCAAAGUGGGCUCGCAUACCUCGAAAUCGUUCUGUUCGCAGAUGGUUGGCCUCUGCGACUAUCCCGAGGUUCGACCGUACAACAUCUCCUUUCCCGUCCCCAAACCCUCGACGCAUCGCCCCCCUCCGAGCCGCCAGCCUCCGAUCCGGGUCGCGCAUAUUAGCGACACGCACGUGGAUCGGGCCUACGAGACCGGCGCCAACUACGAAUGCUCCAAGCCCAUCUGCUGCCGUGCGUAUACCGAGAAUGACGCCCCCGGAAAGACCUUGUUCCCUUGUGGUCCGUACGGUCAUCCCAAAUGCGACCCGCCGCUUCGGCUCGAGGAGAGCAUGAUGGCCGCCAUCGCCGCCAUGGACCCGGCCUUUUCUAUUUACACCGGGGACGUGGUCCCCCAUGAUGUCUGGUCCGUCAACCAGACCGAAGUACUGCACGAUCUCAAUGCGACAUACAGCCUCCUGGACCAACUGGGUCUUGUCUACGCCGCACUGGGCAACCACGACACCGCGCCCGUCAACCUCUUCCCCUCCGAGCGCAUUCCCGUCUCCCACAACCCGCAAUGGGCCUACGACGCCCUCGCCGAAGACUGGACGAACCUGGUGGGCGGUCCGCUAUCCGCGCCUGUCGUGCACGCGACCGACCAGUUCGGAUCCUACUCGGCCAUCCACCCGGGAGGCAAGCUGCGCAUCAUCUCAUAUAACAGCGUCUUCUACUACACGUACAACUUCUACGCCUACCAGGAACCGAUGGAGUACGAUCCGAACGGGCAACUCGCCUGGCUCAUCUCCGAGCUGCAGGCCGCUGAGACGGCGGGCCAGCGCGUCUGGCUCAUCGCGCACAUCCCCACGGGCGGUACCGACACCCUGCACGACUACUCGCACUACCUCGACCAGAUCAUCCAGCGGUACGACGCCACCAUCGCCGCCCUGUUCUUCGGCCACACGCACACCGACCUCUUCCAGGUCUCCUACGCCGACCCGGCGCACCCAAGCGCGGACUCCGCCUCCGCCGUCGGCUACAUCACCCCCUCGCUGACCCCGACCUCGGGACCCCCGGCCUUUCGCAUCUACGACAUCGACCCGGUAACCUUUGCCGUGCUAGACUACACCGUCUACACCGCCAACAUCUCCACCGAGACCAGCCCCGAAUGGAACAAAUACUACUCCGCCAAGGAAAGUUACGGCUCCCUCCUCAACCCACCCGUCACCGACCCAACCGCCGAACUCACCCCAGCCUUCUGGCACAACGUCACGGCCCUCAUGGAAACCGACCCCUCCGUCUUCCAGGCGUGGUGGGCACGCACAACCCGCGGGUUCAACGUGCCCGAAUGCAACGAACAGUGCGCACGUGACCAGAUCUGCUCGCUGCGGGCUGCAGACGCGCAGUAUGGCUGUGUGCGCGGCACCCUGUCCAUUACCAAGCGCGACGACGGCCUGAACCUCGGCGGUGCUGCCCCUGCCCCUGCCCCUGGCUCGCAAGUGCACGUGCAUUCCGCUCGGCCGCAGUGCGAGGAGGGCGGGCUGGCGAGGGUGUUGGCGGCCGUGAUACGGGAGACGGAUGACUUGCAGAAGUUGCUUUUGCAGCGGGCUGAACUGUAUAUCUAG